AUGGCAGAAACUUGUUAUAUGUGUAACCGACGCUUCACGGAAUCUAAUUAUAAGGUAAAAGACCACUGCCACCUGACGCAAAGAUUUAGGGGACCUAGUCGUAACGAAUGUAAUCUUAAAGCAACGGUACCUGAUUUUAUACCAAUUAUAUUUCAUAAUUUAUCAGGUUAUGAUAGUCACCUUUUUGUUAGUGAGUUAGGCUCUGAUGAUGGGGAUAUUUCUAUCAUUCCCGAAAACACCGAGAAAUAUAUCUCAAUUUCUGAAAAGACGCAAGGAAAAAUAACUCUUAGAUUUUUAGAUUCGUUUCGUUUUAUGUCAAGUAGUUUGGAUUCUUUAGUAAAAAAUCUUGCAGAAACUCCCGAUAAAUUUAAACAUAUCAAAAGUCAUUUUCCUUUAGAAAAGGUUCCUUUACUUUUACGCAAAGUUAUAUACCCAUACGAUUUCAUUAACAAUUCGGAAUGCUUUAAUAUUGAAACUUUACCCCCUAAACAAGAUUUUUAUAGUAAACUAAAUGAGUGUCACAUUAGUGAUGAAAAAUAUCAACAUGCUCAGCAAAUAUGGGAAAGCUUCAGUAUUAGAAAUUUGGGGGAAUAUUCCGACCUAUAUGUCAAGACUGACGUUUUGCUAUUAGCAGGCAUAUUUGAUAAUUUUAGAAAUGUCUGUCAUGAUACAUAUGGUUUAGACCCCACGUGGUACUACACUGCCCCAGGCCUUUCGUGGGAUUCAAUGUUGAGAAAGACUAAAGUGGAAAUAGAGCUUUUAACCGACUGCGAUAUGCUUCUUUUUAUUGAAAAAGGUGUAAGAGGAGGUAUAUCACAAUGUUCACAUCGAUAUGCCAUAGCAAACAAUAAAUUUUUAUCUGAUCAAUACGAUAAAAAUCUAUCAAGUAAUUAUUUACUUUAUAUCGAUGCCAACAAUCUCUACGGGUGGGCCCAAUCCCAAUAUAUCCCUUUAAAGGGAUAUAAAUGGGUAAACAAUAAAACGAUAGAAGAAAUUUUAAAAAUUCCCGACGAUAACACGAUUGGAUAUAUUCUUGAAGUGGACUUCAUGUACCCUUUCGAUCUCCAUGAUGAUCAUUUGGACUUACCCCUUGCGCCUGAAACUUGUAUACCUCCUGGUUGUAAAGAAAAGCGUCUCUUAACUACUUUGAAUGACAAAGAAAAAUAUGUCUUGCAUUACCGAAAUCUAAAACAAUUUGUUAAAUUCGGUUUAGUUAUAAAAACAAUUCACCGCGUUUUGGAAUUUGAGCAAUCACCUUGGCUUAAGGAAUAUAUUGAUUUAAACACUCAACUCCGUCAAUCAGCGACAAAUGAUUUCCAAAAAAUUUUUUAUAAACUAAUGAAUAACGCAGUCUUUGGUAAGACAAUGUAA